AAUAGACAAGGGAUGAAGCGCAGACUUUGCUUAAUAGGAUGGGGGCAACCACACAAACGAUUUCAAUAGCCCGUCAACGCUCCACCCGGUUACACCUCCCAUUUUGCUGCCCAAUGGCUCCGAACUCCACCGGGUCCGAGAUUCUUGGCCGUCGAUAUAUCUAUUGAGGAGCGUCUCGUACACCAAACACGUUGUUGAAAGCAUUGAAGAGGAGAGGUUCUUGUCAACACCACCGACCAAGACCCCAAGAAGGGGGAGCAGCGCACUCUGCAUUGCCGACACGAUUCGGCCCGCUCCUCGCCCUCCCUGUUUUCCCACCAACCCCAAAACUGACAUAUCCGCAAGCGAGCGAACGGAACACAUGGUCUAGGAGCAAGGAAACCAAGAACCAAAACGCACAAAUCAUGGCAGACAAUAUCAAAGGCGCUCUGGACCUUACCCGCCAGGAGGCAAUGGCCAUCGCCGCCCUCGCCACAGCAGGAAUCUACAACGCCGUCGAAAUCUACGUCCUCAUCUUCAGCACCUUUCGCCAGCGCCGCGGCCGCUACUUCUGGAGCAUGGUCGUCGCCAACACGGGUAUCUUCGUUCACGCCAUCGUCUCGCUGAUUCGCUACCUCAGUCGCGGCGGAACUGUCGUUCCGGGCGCGUUCGCGCUGAUGGCUUGGUGCGCCAUGGUGACGGGUCAGUCUGUCGUGCUGUGGUCGCGGCUGCACCUCGUCGUGUACAACCGCACAUCAAUACGUCUCGUGCUGGCCAUGAUCGUCGCCAACGGGUGCGCGAUACAUAUACCCAUGGCGGUGCUGUGGGUUCUGUGCUGGGCGACGCCGGCGGGGGAGCAGGCAGGAUGGAUUGAGCGGUAUGGCGUGUAUGAAAAGGUGUCGAUUGUGGUGUUUACGCUGCAGGAGACGUUCAUCACGGGGAUCUUUGCGCGGCAGGGAUUUUUCAAUUUGAAGCCGCUGUUUGCGUUCAAGACGAGGGCGGCCAAGUUGAUAUCGUGGUAUCUGCUCGGUCUCUUCGUCCUCGUCUUCGUACUAGAUGUCGGGCUAAUCGUGCUCGAGUACACCAACAACUUUAUGUUUCAGACGACGAGCAAGCCCCUGGUCUACAGCAUCAAGCUCAAGGUCGAGUUCACGGUGCUCAACAAGCUACUAGCGUUCACAAAGAUGAACUCGUGCGAUUGUCACCACUUGGACGAUACGCCGGGCGGGUAUACAAAGGGUCUGAUCACGCAGGGCACCACUGGCACGACGAAGGGCUUCACGCCAGCGCAGAGGGAGAUGAUGCAGGGUGGAGGGUCGAUGGUGUCUCCCGAGCCGGAUCGGCCGGAUCACAUCUUCGACGGGACAAGACCGGUGUCCGUGGAAGAGAGGGCGUGACAUUUGGCGCGGUCAGAUUUAUGGUAGCAUUGUGUAAUCCCCUGGAAACUUUCCAGAAAACACCUAAAGCGAAUUAGAUACCCCCUAUUUUGAAG